AUGCCUCGUGUUUAUACCCUUGCUGAAGGUUGUCCCCAGCGCAACAAUACGGACACAGUCCAGUUGCGAGAAGAACAUAACAAGCCGGGAGGCCUCGUCUUGCUGCAGAGCACUCAGCUUAUUGAGACCCUUGCGCACUUUGCUCGAGAGCGAAUCCCUGAGCGAGUCGUCCAUGCUAAAGCUCCAGGCGCAUACGGCGAGUUCGUGGUGACAAAGGACUGUAGUGACAUUACUUCCGCCAGCUUCUUGAAGGAAGUAGGUAAGAAGACGAAGUGUAUGGUCCGGAUCUCUACUGUUGGUCCCGAGCGUGGCUCUGCAGAUACGAUUCGCGAUGUCCAUGGCUGGGCCAUGAAGCUGUACACCGACGAGGGGAAUCUCGAUUGGGUGUUUAACAACACCCCCGUCUUCUUCAUCCGAGACCCCGUCAAGUUCCCCUCCUUGAACCGCUCUCAUAAGAGACAUCCCGCCACGAACAGGCCUGACGACGGCAUGUUCUGGGACUUCCACGUCGGCAACCCAGAGAGCAUCCAUCAGCUUAUGCACUUGUUCAGCGACCGCGGCGUCCCCGCCUCCCUCCGUCAUAUGCACGCCUUCAGCGGGUACACGUACAAGCUGAUCAAGGAGGACGGCUCGUUUAAGUAUAUCAAGGUCCACAUCAAGACGCAGUUGGGCAACAAGACAUUUGACGCUUCAACUGCGAAGAAGGUCGCUGGUGAUAACCCGGACCAUCUUGUCCAAGAUCUGUAUGAUGCCAUCGAGAGGGGAGCCUACCCCAAGUGGACCAUCCCAUUCCAGGUCAUGGACCCGAAGGAUGCAGAGAAUUACAGGUGGAACAUCUUCGACAUGACUAAGGUCUGGCCGCAUAAGGAUUACCCGCUCCGUGAAGUGGGCGUUCUCACGCUAAACGAAAACCCAAAGAACUACUUCGUAGACAUCGAGCAGGCGGCUUUUUCGCCUUCGAACAUUGUCCCGGGUUGGGCGCCAUCAGCUGAUCCCAUGCUCCAAGCUCGCAUGUUCGCAUACCCCGACGCUGCCCGGUAUCGUCUGGGCACAAACUACCAGAUGCUCGCUACCAACCGAGCAAGGUGCCCAGUCUACUGCCCUUAUCAACGAGACGGCUUCAUGAACUUUGGCGACAACUAUGGAGACGACCCUAACUACGUUGGCUCUAUGCUUCGCCCAGUCGAGUUCGCUACUGGAAAGAACGGGCCUAUAUCGACUACGACCCAUGAGCAUGAGAGAUGGAUCGGCGAGGUAGUCAGCUACAGCAGUAAGUUCGGAAAGGACGACUUCACUCGGGCCACGAUGCUGUGGCACGUACUUCUCCGGGAGCCGGGUCAGGAUAAGCGUUUCAUUGAUAACGUCGCCAGUUCGGUGGCGGGCGUCCACUCGAAGGAACUGCGUCAGAAAGUUUACGGUCUGUUUAAUGGCGUUGAACCGACGCUGGGUGAGCGCAUUGAAAAGGCUACGGCGCAGAAGCUUGCCUAG